AUGUGUAUCGCCUUCUUUUCCACCGCUCAUCCCCAAUAUCGCCUCAUCAUCUGCAACAACCGAGACGAAUUCCUCCACCGACCAACUUCCCGUGCAGACUGGUGGCCGUCCCCUCAUUCCCACGUCCUCAGCGCCCGAGAUCUUGUGCGCCCCAUCCACCCCACCUGGCUGGGUAUCACAAAACAAGGCCGCAUAGCCGUGCUAACAAAUUACCAUGAAGACACCUGCGCAAAAGCCGUCGGGAAAUACAGCCGUGGCGAGGUGGUCAACAGCUGGCUCGCAUUGUCGCCGGAUAGCGCGCAAACCACCCAAGAGUUCGUGAACCAAUGGACCACGAACGGAGAGUUGGCCAAUAUCGGCGGAUUUAACCUCGUGUGUGGAAAUGUUAUGGAGCCGCUGGCGAUUUUGGCCAGCCGGGCGUCGGAGACGGAACCAAUCCUCUGGAUCGCAGACAAACCGGGCCAAACGGUCGGGCUGAGCAAUACGGACUACGAUGAUCGGUCUUGGCCUAAGGUUGAGAAGGGGGAAGACGCGAUUGUUGAUGCGAUUGCGGGACAUGUUCAGAACCAGGAGAGCGAGGACAAUUUGAUCGAGAGGCUAUUGGGCGUGCUUAGUGUGGAUACGCUACCACGAUUGAGCAACGAUGCUGGAGUCCAGGAAUACAUCCCGCACCUUCCGCAGAGUGUUUUUAUUCCACCUAUCGGGCGUGAUAAACAGGCGCGGGAUGAAGCAGAGUCAGCUAAUCAGGACAAGAGGGAGCAGAGUCCAGUUCUACCGUCUACUCCUGAGGGAACGCCCAAUCGUGCAUAUCUGGAAGGGCUGUAUGCGACACAGAAGCAGACGGUCAUUUUGGUGGGUUUCGAUGGGCGGGUCCGGUAUUUUGAACGUACAUUGUACGACGAUGAUGCUCAGCCAGUCUCUACAGAGGCUCGCGACCGGUCGUUUGAGUUCCGUAUUGAAAAAUAG